AUGGAAGAGGAGGGGAAUAUCUUACAACCGUUGUUACGAUGUCGUCCAGGGAUGUCUGACCGAAUGUUAGGGAAGUGUAAUCGGUGCUGGCGGGACAACAAGUUGGCCAUUGUCAUUUUAUUAUUUGGAUUAUUUUGGUGCUCACUAGCAAUAGUUAUGAUUUUCUUGUAUACAGAUUUAAUUGAGGAAUCAGAAGAGGCCCAUGCCACAGAUGUACCAUUUGAUCCUCCAAAAGCAGAACAACAAACCUCCUGUGGAAACUACUUCUGUGCCUUCUAUGGGGAAUGUUACAUAGAUAAAGUCAGCAAUGGUCCAGCCUGUAGAUGUCCUCUCCAACCCUGUCCUAAUGGCCACACCCCUGUCUGUGGGGAUGAUGGUAUGACGUACAGGACACAAUGUCAUCUGGAACGGUCAAGUUGUAAAGAACAGCGAAGAAUUAAGAACAAGCACCCUGGCAAAUGUAAAGGAAAAGAACCAGUUCAUGGAGGAUGGAGUUCAUGGGGAGACUGGUCCCCUUGUUCUGUAUCUUGUGGAGCAGGGAAGAGAAGAAGGUUUAGAGAUUGUAAGAACCCAGCACCAUCACCUAGUGGACGUUACUGUGGAGACUCAUGGAUGCAGGAAGACAACUGUUUUAUUGAAUGUGAUUCUAAAAUGUAUGUAGUUUCUGAUAUGAGUAUGAGAAUGAGGAAUUUACAAAAAUUCUAUGCUGUUUUCUUCACACUUAGCCUUUUAUUUAGCAAAGUGCCCUAUACUGAAGGUUGCUACAAAUUUCCGGAAGGUAAAAAGGACCCAUGUGACGGAGUUUCAUGUCAUUAUGGCGCUAUUUGUGUUCCUGCAAGUAACGGUAUAAACAGUACAUGUAAGAUUCCCGACCGCUGUGAUAAUUAUGGAGACAGUAUUGAGAGUAUACCAGUAUGUGGUGACGAUGAUAGAGAUUACGCUAACACUUGUGAAAUGAGGAAAACAGCUUUUCAACAGAUGAGGAACAUAACCGUUAAAUAUUUUGGAAAAUGUGACCCAUGUGCUGGAUUUUCCUGCCCCUAUCCUCAAGCAUGUAUGCUGGAUGCCAAAAGACAACCUACCUGUCGAUGUAAUACUGUAUGUCCAGACGAGGUCAAUAUGGUGUGUGGUUCAAACGGUCAUACCUACAGUAACCAGUGUUGGUUAGAGAGAUAUGCAUGUCGUAGUCAGACGGACCUUAAAGUUUUGCACCCUGGCAGAUGUAAAGAUUUAUUUACCAAAUCUAUUUUAGAUGAGGAUAAUCCUUGUAAACUGAUCAAGUGUGAUCACGGGGAGGUGUGUAGGAUUGAUCAUGAGGGCAAAGGUCAUUGUGAAUGUCCACCAUCUUGUCAGCUGGUUAUCAAUAAAGUGUGUGGUACUGACGAUGUGACCUAUGACAACGAGUGUGAACUACGGAGAAGAGCAUGCCAGAAUAAAACUUCGGUGGAUAUUAAACACUUAGGAGCAUGUGGUGGAGAACACUGUAAGACACGGUGUGGGCAUGGUGCCAGAUGUGUAAAACAAAAUGGUGUAGAAACAUGUGUCUGUCCACAUAAGUGCCAGGAUGGAUAUUUUGAACCAGUAUGUGGUGACGAUGGGAAGACAUACAAAAACUUAUGUAGGCUCCAGGAGUAUAACUGUCAUCAGAAAACUGAUAUCAAGAAAGAACAUGAUGGACUUUGUAAUGGGUGUGGAAAACAAGAAACAUGUGAACAUUAUUCCUUCUGUAAUCGUUCUGGAAACAGUGCUAAAUGUGUCUGUCCAACAUGUGAAGAGAAUACAGUUGCCAAAGUUUGUGGAUCAGAUGGAAGGACUUAUGAAAAUGAGUGUAAAUUACGUAAAACCUCCUGUAUGAAUUCUACAUUAAUAACCGUGGCAUCGGAUGGAGAGUGUGUGGAGGAUCCUUAUAACGCAAUGUGUAGAAGAAGGCGGUGUAAGUUUGGAGAGAUCUGUAGGAAUGACCAUUGUGUGUGUCCAAGGAGCUGUCCACUCUAUGGUGAUCCUGUAUGUGGCAGUAACAGAAAGACGUACAGAAACAAAUGUGAGAUGAUGAAAGACGGGUGUAGACAGAGGGUCGAUCUGAUAAUACAACACAAUGGCAGAUGUGAAGAAACAUGUGACCCAAGUAUUCAAUGUCCAGAGACGGUCAGAAUGGUUUGUGCAAGCAAUGGCAAGACUUAUAUAAACGAAUGUACAAUGAAGAAAGAAGCCUGCAGACUGAACACCAAUCUACAGAUUGUAGAUUUAGGCUCAUGUGAAGAUGAGCGAGAGGGCUCUACUUCUGGAGAUGGAGGCUCUGGUGAUGAGGAAGUCUUAUUGAUCUGUGAGGAAAAUGUCAACUGUAGGUUUGGCGGGAAAUGUAUAGCAGAUGGUCACUUUGGUUAUAAGUGUGAUUGUAACAAGAACUGUAAAGCAGUCAGACAAACAGUUUGUGGAUCUGAUGGAAAGACUUAUGGUAGUCUGUGUCAGUUAGAAGAAGAGGCUUGUUUACAGCAGAAAGAAAUUGCAAAGAUUGAUUUAGAAAAUUGUAAUGAAAUGGAGGAGGCCUCAUGUGAUGGGUUUUCCCCAUUGGUAAAUCCAGUGACCAAUUUAGAUUAUUACUGUACAGAGGAGAACAGUUGCCCAGAAAAGAGUUACUGUCAUCUUAACUUUCAUAAAUGCUGCAAAGAAGAAUUUCAGAAUGAUGUUAUAGAAGAUUGUAGUGAGACCCAGUACGGAUGUUGUGAUGAUGGAGUAACAGCAGCGUCUGGACCAAACUUUGAUGGAUGUAACAGUGUAUGUACAUGUAAUCGCUACGGCACCAUUGACAACACAUGUCAUCCAAAUACAAAUAAAUGUGAAUGUAAACAUGGAGUGGGAGGAGCUAAGUGUAAUCUAUGUCUCCCUGGAUACUGGAAUCUAAAGGGCGUAAAUGGAUGUUCACGUUGUGAAUGUAAUAGAUAUGGGUCAACAAGAACUGAUUGUGAACAGAGUACUGGUCAGUGCCAGUGUAGACAUGGUAUGACUGGACUGAAAUGUGACAAGUGUACUAAUGGUCUACAGAUUGGUAUCAAUGGAUGUGAUAUAUAUGGUGUAUCAAUACAAGGUACCUGCAUGGAAUUGGUCUGUGGAUUUGGUGGCGAGUGUAAAGAACAAAAUGGACGUGCAUAUUGUGACUGCAGUAAUCUCCCUUGCUUACCCAAAGAUCAUAAAAACUCAGCAGUAGUAUGUGGCAGUGACGGCAGGACGUACCAGUCAGAAUGUCAGCUACAGAGAACUUCAUGUGAACAACAAACACAUCUGUACAUGCACCACCUAGCACCGUGUCAUAAUGAUAGAAAAACCACAGCUCCUAUGCAUCCUAGUAGACUUUCUCGGAAGACAACAAAACACACAGAUGAUGGAGAAGCAGACGUUACAAGGUCAACAGAAAAACCUAAAGGUCAAACAGGUCCUAGGUCUUCUCCUAUAGUUAAGAUACUAGACAGGUGUCUCAAUGGUGACUAUUGUUCAGCUGGUAACAGCCAGUGUCGACAGGGAAUCUGUCAGUGUAAACAAGGUUACAUGUCAUCAUCAGACCUCAAGGAAUGUGUGGAAGUAGAAACCUUACGACCUGAUGAACAUGUGACAGACGAUUCGUGUAUAAAUAAUCCUUGUCGUAACAAUGGUUUAUGUCGAUUAGACAAAGAUUUAGGUUAUAGGUGUCUAUGUCCAAUUGGUAGAUCUGGAUCUAUAUGUAAAGACAAUGGAAGAAUCACCACUCCAUCCUUUUCUGGCAUGUCACAGUUGAUAUUACGACACUACAUCCAAACUGACCAUGAGAUAAUUAUUGAUAUCAGUUUUAAAGCCUUGAAUUAUGAUGGACUAUUAUUGUUUAGCAGCCAGUUCCCCAAUGGGUCAGGAGAUUUCUUGUCUUUGUCACUCAGAGAUGCAUAUGUAGAGUUCAGAUUUGACGUAGGCGGUGGUCCAAUGAUACUGAGAAAUAGACAUAGGAUACAACUGAACCAAUUUAUCCAUGUGACGGCCAGUCGGGAUGGUAAGGACGGAUCACUGACAGUGGACAAAGAAGCUCCAGUGUUAGGAACAGCUCCAGGAUCACUGGUAUCACUCAACUUAGUAGACAGACCAUUUUAUUUAGGAAAUCCACAAAGUGAAAUAGAUAAGGAGUUCAAACAGAGAUUGCCAAUGGGAUUUGUCGGCUGUAUUAAAACUUUCCAUGUCAAGAACAAACUGAGAACGCAUCUUUAUGAUCUAUCUUACCCACAAGUAUCUGAUCAUAUCAUGUCAGGGUUAGAUAUUGCUGAAUGUGGGAGUAAUUCCUGUAACAGUUUACCAUGUAAAUAUGGAGGGACUUGUCUAGCUAAAGAUUCUGAUGUUUAUAGCUGUGUAUGUAAACAUGGAUUUACAGGACGUGAUUGUGAGAUAGUAUUGGAUCCAUGUGUAAUGGCUAACUGUCAUGAGAGUUCUACUUGUCAGAUCUAUGGAAACUCAUACAAAUGUAUCUGUAGUCCUAACAGGGAGGGAGAGUUCUGUGAAUUUGAAAAAUUACAACCAAUAGAUGUACCUGAGUUUUCAGGGAAUUCUUUCCUUGAACUACCAUUGGGUGAUAUAGGGAGUACAGCCAUGACAUUUACUAUCUGGUUCAAGACAUCCAAACCUAACGGAGUUUUAUUUUAUGCUAGUACAUAUGCUGGAGGCAAUGGAGAUUUUAUUUCUCUAAACAUCGUGGAUAGAAGGGUGGAGUUCAGGUUCAAUAUGGGAAGUGGUACUAUUGUUAUAUCGAGUGAUGCAGUUAUUUCCCUUGAUACAUGGCAUGAAGUGAUGAUUGAUAAAACUAAGAAAUUUGGUAUAUUGCUGAUAGACAAAAAUCCACAGUAUAAUUAUACAGGGGAGUCUAAGGGAUUUUUAACAGAAUUAAAUUUAGACAAUAGUAUCCUAUACCUGGGUGGAUUUAAAAGUAGAUUUGAUAUACCUGUAGAUUCCAAUAUAACUUAUAAUUUAACAGGAGUUAUACAAAGGAUGUAUAUAAAUGGUAAACUGUAUGAUGAUUUGAUGUUGUCAGCCAAAGAUAAGAUAAAUGUCCUCCCCUACCAAGGCGCUCCAUGUAAUGUAAAUCCAUGUUUGAAUGGUGGAGUCUGUAUACCCAAAAUGGAUCAGGUGGAAUGUAAAUGUCCUGCCAAAUUUAUUGGAGUAAAAUGUGAAAAAAGAGUAGACUCUGUCAACAGAGACAGACCUUUAUUAUUUGAUGGAGAAACCUAUUUACAGUAUUCUAAUGAGAUUUCUGAAGAAUCAGCAGCACAGAGGUCUAAUAAAUAUUAUAUAAAAUUUCGAACAUUAAAAUCAAACGGAUUAAUACUUUAUCAGAAUGGUAAAAGUAAUGUUUUAGGUGACUAUUUAGCUAUAGCUAUUGUUCGAGGGAGAGUAGAAUUCAGUUAUAAUCUCGGUAAACAAUCAGAGAAAGAUUUACAUAUUAUCCGAUCAGCUGUUGAUAUUGACGAUGGUGGAUGGCAUAAAAUAUUAGCUGAAAGACAUGAGAGAGAAGGCACAUUAAAAGUUGACAAUGAGAAACUCAUAACAGAUUCCUCAACAGAGGGCGCUUCACAACUAGAUACAAAUGGUAUCUUACUAAUAGGUGGAAAGACUCGUGUGAACAUAGAAUUACCGGAAGAUUAUAACCAAGGGUUCAUGGGAUGUAUUCAACAAGUUCUAGUCAAUGACCAUGAACUACAUCUUGUUCAACACAGAAGGACAAGUUCAGCAGUUAAUUUCUGUGAUGCUAGAUAAUAAAUGUUAAAAGUUCCAAUCUGAAACAUUUUAAAAUAUAAAAUAUGAUAUUGAUAAAUUUUAUUUUUG